AUGAGUGAUCUUCUGGAAACACAGGAAGUUAAACCAAUUAUAUAUGCAGAUAACCAGAGUGCUAUACGCCUUGUUAAAAACCCAGAAUUUCAUAAAAGAUCAAAGCAAAUCGAUGUAAGGUAUCAUUACAUCAGGGAAUCAAUAUACAGAAGGGAAGUUCAUGUUGGAGUUCUUGUCAGAGUCAACCCAUUUUUGCCGUCUAGUCAACAACAACUGGUAGACCUGAUAAAGCGUACACUUUUUAUUCAACAAGCUGAUAAACGUAAUGUUGAAUGUACAGUUGCAUCAGAUCUAGUAGAAUCAUGUUUAGAUAAAUUAAAAUCAAUAAAUUCAUUUGAUAAGCCAAUCGAAGAUAAAUUAAAACUAACAUCAAUUGCAAAAGCUGCAGUGGCUGCCAACUUGGACAUUUAG